AUGGCCGGAAAUCCCGCAAAAAGGACUCAAAAAUCGACAACAAACACACCUGCGAAACAACCCGGAAAAGUCCGUAUCUGCCGAAUCUGCAAACGGUCUUUUAGUACUGUCAAAGCACUGGCAGAUCAUCGCUCAGCGACCCAACACUAUUCUAUCCAUUGCCCGGUUUGUAACAAGGAGUUCGGUAGUCAUGAAGCCGUGGGCCAGCAUACUCAAGUCCAUUCCGGUCUUGUUGUAGACCGGAAUACAGAAUCUAGGCAAUACGGUGCGAGAGUCGUAGCAGAGUCGAAUCUGGAGGAACUUACUGCGUUGCUUAGUCUGCAAGCCCCCGUCAUCAUUCCAAAUACUCAAGUUAUGACAAUCAAUAAUCCAAUUCCCGGAAAUGACAUGCAUCGUCGCAUAGAUCUGAUACCUAAGCAGCAACCGCCGCGCCGAACAGAUUCAUUCGUAUAUAAAUCAAACACAUACACUCGGAUGCACCCCCAUGAGCAAGAAGUAAUUUAUGCAGCUUUGCUUGCCGCUUGCCACACCUCUGCGCAACUUCGUGCGGAGCAGUACACCUUGCCGGGCCUCAAUAAAUGCCGAACAAACACGAAUAUCCACUAUUCUGAAUUCCGCAAAACUCCAGCACCAUCACCUGGAGAAGGGAAACGAAAAGCAAUAGCUAUCGAUUGUGAAAUGGUCGGUCUGUAUACGGGCAGAGCAUGUGUCGCGCUUGUGUCUGCCGUAGAUGUUCUGACAGGCGAGAUACUCUUGAACACAUAUGUCAACCCUAUGAGCCGUGUUAGGAACUGGCGGUCCCAGUUUAGCGGAGUUACUCGCGCUGUCAUGGACAACGCAAUUAAACAGGGCCAAGCCCUUGGGGGUUGGAAAGCUGCCAGAGGAGCGCUUUGGAAGUAUAUCGACGCGGAGACAAUCAUUGUCGGACAUGCUCUUCACAACGAUCUUAACGUUCUAGGAAUGUUGCAUUCGAGAGUUGUCGACACGGCAAUCUUGUCUGCACAAGCCGUCUUCCCAGAGGUUCACGAUAGCCACUUUCCGCGGCGAUGGGGCCUUAAAAGGCUCUCUGGUUAUUUCCUCGGAAGUAUCAUCCAAACCGGAAAAGAGGGCCACGAUUGCUUGGAGGACACUCUCGCAGCGAGGGAGCUUGUGCUGUGGUGUUUGACAUAUCCAGAGAGGUUGAUGGAAUGGGGACAACAGGCUCGCCUAGAGCAUGAUCUCAAAUUGUUAGGCCUGACAGCGACUCAAGCAUGA